CUGCCUGGACUGGAGGAAGGAUGGCGGCGGAGAACUCCAAACUCCAGCUGUUCGUCAAGGCGAGCGACGACGGGGAAACCAUUGGGCACUGCCCGUUCUGCCAGCGACUGUUCAUGACUCUGCUCCUGAAAGGCGUUCCCUUCACUCUGACUACAGUGGAUACCAAGAGGUCCCUGGAUGUGCUGAAAGAUUUUGCCCCCGGAGCACAGCUGCCCGUGCUGCUAUAUGACGGAGAACCCAAGACGGACACGAUCAAGAUAGAAGAAUUCCUGGAGGAGACCCUGGGGCCUCCAAAUUUCCCGAGCCUGGUGCCCAGGUAUAAAGAGUCUAGCUUAGCUGGAAACGACGUGUUCCACCGGUUCUCUGCCUACGUCAAGAAUCCAGUCCCUGCUCAGGAUGAAGUCCUGCAAAAGAACCUCCUCAAAGCUCUCCUGAAACUGGACCGCUACAUGAACACUCCUCUGGAGUAUGAGCUGGUGCGAGACCCCAAGCUGGCUGUCUCCCGGCGGCGGUUCCUGGACGGCGACCAGCUCACCCUCGCGGAUUGCAGCCUCCUACCCAAGCUUAACAUCAUGAAUGUUGUGUGCCAACACUACCGGCCGUCAGGCAUCCCCAAGGAACUGCGGGGUGUGUGGCGAUACCUGGACAGCGCCGCUGAGGUGAAGGAGUUCAAGUACACCUGCCCCAACAGCGAGGAGAUCAUCCAGGCCUACCGCAGUGCGGUUCGGCCGCUCAAGUAGGCGCCCAGCCCUCAGCCUGCCCCACUCUCGGUCUCUCCUCACCCUCAAGCAGAGGAAAAGGACAGGCACAGGCUGAGAUGGGAAGGGACUCCCAUUUUAAUCGGCUGAGAGCCCGGGGCCAUUUUACCUCUUGGUAGCAUCACGCCUCUGAACCUUCGGCAUCUUCGGAACCGAACACUUCUGGCCGUGGAGCUCCAAGCCUGGCCGCUGCCUCUUGUGCCCGCAAACCUCCAGAUGACCAAGUCAGGCUCAUGGAAGACUUGGGUGAUCUUAACCAGGCAAAGCGACGCAGAUCCACCACCAGCCUAUGCU